UUCAAAAAUUAUGCCAACAAUUAAACCAUAUUUAAGUUUAUCUAAUAUAUUAUUACCUUCCGAUAAAGUGAUCAAUCCUCCUUCAUUGACUGACUAUAUAUCUAUUGAUUUUGAUUUUGAAUUACGUGUUAGAGGUUGUGAACUUAUACAAGAAGCUGGGGUUCUCCUUAAAUUACCUCAAGUUUCAAUAGCUACUGCCCAAUUAUUAUAUCAAAGAUAUUUCUUUAUAAAAUCUUUUGUAAAAUACAAUUUUGAGGUUAUUGCAAUGGCGACCACUUUUUUAGCAUCUAAAAUAGAUGAAAGUCCACGAAGACCAAGGGAUGUUAUAAAUGUUUUUCAUCAUAUAAGGCAAUUAGAAAACAAGGAAGCAAUAUCACCCCUAAUUUUGGAUCAAUAUUAUAUUAAUGUAAAAACACAAGUUAUUAAAUCUGAGAGGCGUAUAUUGAAGGAAUUAGGUUUUGCAGUUCAUUCUCAACACCCUCACAAAUUAUUAAUUAUAUACCUACAAACUCUUGAAUGUGAAAAAAAUCAAAGGCUAGUACAAAUUGCCUGGAAUUACUUAAACGAUAGUUAUAAAACCAAUGUUUACGUGCGAUUUCAGCCUCCUAGUAUAGCUUGUGCUUGUAUAUUUUUAUCUGCUCGUCACCUACAGUUUCCAUUACCCAAUAACCCUCCAUGGUAUAAAAUAUUUAAUGUAACCCUCGAAGAAAUACAAGAGAUUAGUUUGCAAUUAUUUAAGUUAUAUACUAGAACCCAAAUUUUGCUUAAAAAUAUUGACAAAACAUUAAAUGUUUCAAGGAAAUUGUAUGAACUAAAUAAAAUUCAAAUGUUAGCUAAUGAUGCUGCAUCCUCAACCACUCUCUCUGCUACAUUUUCAGAAGUUGUUACAUAUAACCCGAAGGAUGCAUCCGCGGAAGAAAAUCCUACAAUUAUAGAUGAAAACACAAAAAACAUUAAUUUUACCAAAAUACAACCUGAUAAUUCAUACUUAAAUGCAAUUGACAGUGAUAACUUGUUGUUAGCACAACAGAGACUUUCUUUAUUGUAUUCCAUUCAAGAACAAAAAAAGAAAAAAAAGUAUUUAUCACUCGAUAGUUCCAAAAAUGACUAUUAUAAAUCAAAAAUAAAAAUUAAAAAUGUUUCUCCUAAUGAUAUUAUUUCAAAAUCAUCCAAAGCACAUUCUCAAAAAAAUAGGAAGGUCGAAAAGUUAAAAAUUGGUAAAGAUGAAGUGCGCAAGGCUUCAAACAAAAGGGCACAAAAUUUUGACACCCAAUUUAAACCUAAUGAUUUUUCUACCGGGAAAAAAAGAAUAUUAAUAUCUUUAAACAACUCGCCCACGUCAUCAUCUUCUUCAAAAGUUAUCAAAAGUAAAGGCCAUGAAUCUAUUUCUAAAAAGAAACACAAGAAAUAUUAAUAUAAAAUAUUCUUUAUUUUUCCUGUAAUUAUUUAUAGCAAUAUUUCUAUUGUUGGCUCGUUUUACAUAUUUUACCCUUAAGGCCAAAAUAAAAUGAGGCAUGCAUAAUAUAAUCUAUAUUAUUUAAAGAUUUUAUUUGUAAUUUAUGUUAAAAAUACUGGUUAUACAAAGUUUUAUAAACUAAAUUGCUUUUAACAUUAUUUUGAUCUAGCCUUCUUCCUUAUUUUUUAUUUUAAUGACAUAGGGGAGGGCUAGUCGGCGCAAGAGGCUUGUCGGUUCAAAGGAUUUUAUUUUAAAACCAGUAAACAUUAAAAUUUGAAAUUUAGUUCUAAAAUAGAAUUCUAUAAUAUCCAUAAUUGGGACGAAAAUAAUUUAUAAUAUUUAGCUGUUUAAAUUUUUAUCCGUUGUGUUAUGACAUGUUUUUGACGUAAAAAUUACAAUAUUUUCACUUAAUAUUAUUAGGUUGUAUUAAAAAAUUAAAAGUUUAAACAUGACAAAUGAACAUUAUAAAAGUUAAAUAUCUAUUUUAAUAUUUGGGAAAGUUUCAGACUGAUAUAUAAUGCUUAAAUAUAUGUUAAAAUCAAAUUAGUAAAAUUACCACCAUUGAGGUUAGUAGAAUCGUGGCUAGUCGGCACAAUCAGUCAAUUUUUAUUAUAUUAUUAUGGUACUCAAAUAUAUAUGCAAAAUUCAAAAUAGUAAAAUUUUUACUGAAAAAAGAUUAUGAAGAAACUAUAAAACUGUAUGAAAAUGAUAUCUCAUUAAGAAAAAUACCAUUUAUUACGGGUUAAAAUAUAAUAUUUUAUAAAUGUAAUAUAUUAAAUAAUAAUUAUUAUAUAAAUUUAUUAAUGUGAUUGAUUUUUCAUAGUACAUUUCAAUUUUAAUAUAA